UAACAGCAGCCGGCGCGUCUCUUCCGAUUGCGAUUGUGUAUCCUCUCUGGCAAUCGCAGUUAUUUUUUACACGUAAUCACGCGAAGCUUGAUGGAUUCGGCGACAGGCGAUAUUCCCAGUAAACACGAGAAAAAAGCGCAGCUCGACGACCUGAUCGAAAAGAAGAAGAGCGAGUAUAUGCGCCUCCUCCAAGAAAGCCAAGAACACGAUCCAAAAAGCGCCGAGGACCUAAACCACAGGAAGUACGAGCUCGCGCUUGCAUACAACGAGCGCGGUCAGGUGAACUACAGGAUGAUAGAAUUCGACGAGGCCGUGGAGGAUUACACGGAAGCCAUACGUUACUGCGAUUCCCUGGCGGCCGCCUACUUCAAUCGUGGAACCGUCAAGUACAGGAUGGGUUGUUUCGACGUUGCUUUGGGCGACAUGGAGAAGGCUGUUUCGCUUGAUCCGACCAACAAGGAAUUUCAACUGGGUCUAAAAGAAACCAAAGCACAGCUUCAAAGCUAAACUGUAGCAAAGACCACAAAAACUCUCCCACAUGCUCAGUGACAGUUGAAGACUAGUCAUCAGUACCAUGAUCGAACAGCACAGUCGAAGGGACCAACGCGACAAUAGUCGGACCUGAGAGUUUUUAUUUUUCUGAGUGGUAACAUUCAUGAUGUAUAAACAUUGUGCCUGUUGUCUCACCACAUGAUCCGCAAACUGUGUGGUGAAGAUACAGUACAAAACAUCUUACUUGACCACUUAACACUCUUGGCGUAAACUGAAAAGUGCAUUACCUAUAAGGAGCUUGUACGAUACAUUGUGGAUAUGUGCACUUUGGCAUUGUUGUACAAUUGCUUGUAUAUCUCGUACAGUUGCUUUACAGAUCUCGCAUCAACAACAAAGUAAAGGGGCUCUAAUUGUGUGAUGACAGUCUGCAAAGAAGAACAAUAGUAGUUUCAGAGAUGGUGACAGUGUCAAUUGAGUGAGCUGCAGAAUCUCAAGUUUUUACAGCAAAAAUAAAGGAGGUCUUCUGCAGGCUUA